GUCAGUUCCACUGUUUUCGUUAUUCUCGUCCCUUCACUCUCUGCUCGAUCGCUCUUUUGCUCGGCCAUCAAUGGCGGGAGGGAAACCCACCCCCUCUUCCUCCUCCUCCUUCUCCGUACCCCGCUCCCUCCUCGCCCUCGCUGCCGUAACCCUAAUCUCCCUCACCUUCCUCACCCUCCGCUCCCUCCGCUCACCUCCCCAGGCCACCGUCAUCGUGGACGCUGCGGAUCCGAUCUCUUCGUCUUCGCCAUCUCCGCCCUCAUCUUCGGUUUACCACUCCCCGGAGGUGUUUCCCAUGAAUUAUGCGGAGAUGGAGCGGAGAUUUAGGGUUUAUGUGUAUCCGGACGGGGAUCCGGGGACGUACUACCAGACGCCGCGGAAGCUGACGGGAAAGUACGCGAGCGAGGGGUACUUCUUCCAGAACAUUCGGGAGGGCCGGUUCCGGACGGAGGAUCCCGACGAGGCGGAUCUCUUCUUCGUCCCCAUUUCGUGCCACAAGAUGCGGGGGAAGGGCAUUUCUUAUGAGAAUAUGACGAUAAUAGUGAAGAAUUAUGUUGAAGGAUUGAUUAAUAAGUAUCCUUACUGGAAUAGGACACUGGGUGCAGAUCACUUUUUUGUCACCUGCCAUGAUGUUGGUGUGAGGGCAUUUGAAGGACUUCCACUGCUUGUAAAAAACUCCAUUCGAGUUGUCUGCUCACCAAGCUAUGAUGUUGGGUAUAUCCCACACAAGGAUGUUGCUCUUCCUCAAGUGCUGCAACCAUUUGCACUUCCAAGGGGAGGAAACAACAUUGAAAACAGGACAAUACUUGGAUUUUGGGCUGGCCAUCGUAAUUCAAAAAUAAGAGUUAUUCUAGCCCGUGUUUGGGAGAAUGAUACAGAGCUUGCCAUCAGCAAUAAUCGGAUAAGCAGAGCUAUUGGAGAAUUAGUUUACCAGAAGCAAUUCUAUAGGACUAAAUUUUGCAUUUGUCCAGGUGGCUCCCAAGUUAACAGUGCCCGUAUAGCUGACUCUAUUCACUAUGGCUGCAUUCCGGUAAUUUUGUCAAAUUACUAUGAUCUGCCAUUUAAUGACAUUCUUGAUUGGCGGAAGUUUUCUAUUAUACUCAAGGAGAGUGAUGUCUACCAGCUAAAGUCUGUUUUGAAGUCUAUUUCUAAUGAAGAGUUUAUUGCACUGCACAACUCCUUAGUCGAGGUCCAAAAGCACUUUGAGUGGCAUUCACCUCCACAGCCUUACGAUGCAUUCCACAUGGUAAUGUAUGAGCUUUGGUUACGGCACCAUGUUAUCAAGUACUAAGCCUGAGGUCACAUACCACAUCUUUUAUGUCGUGGCUAUUCUGCACCAAGAUUGGAGACUGGAUAAAUAGACAUUUUGGAAAGCUCAUGCCGGCCUAGUCGACUGAUUGUGUUCACUGUUUGAUACAUUUUGUCACGUCUCGAGAAUUGGGCGGUUUACCCUAAGUAACAAAAUCCAAAAUUCGCCAACAAUUAGCACUCCAAUGUCGAUCUUAGCUUCCUGAAGAUACAUCUUGCUUCAUGUAAUGGAUCCAUUAGUGUGAGAAUGAUGAGAGAACAGUUGUUUUUAUGUUGAGAAGCUCUAUUCUUUUCUUUUUCUCUUGACCUGGGAGUGCUUUUUUCUCCUUUCACAGCUUGAAACUAUUUAUUUUGUUCAAUGUAAUUAUUGGUUAUCACUUUAUUUAAGCUGAUAGUUUCUCCUGUUGAUGCUUAUAAAGAUUGAUGCAAAUGCACAGAGAUUCAAUUGUUAUACUUGUAAAAACAGUUGAUUAGGAGAUCAAUGAAGGGGUGAGUUCUAUUUUGGUUCUCUCA